AACCCCUUUGGCGUCUUCUCUCUCCUCCUCUGUUUAUUUAGAAACCGGCUUCCAUCACAUCCCAAUCCUCUUUCUCUAUCUCACCAACUCUCAAAAACAGAAACCAAUUUCAGGUUAAGCUUCUCCAAUCCCUUUCCAUGGCCUCACCCACCCUGAAGCUCCUCUGCUUUCUCCUCCUCCCCUUCCUCUCCCUGAACCUCCCCUCCUCUUACUCCCAAAACUUCAUCUACAAUGGCUUCCAUAACUCCAACAUAACCUUAACAGGCUCAUCACAGAUCAAAAGAAGUGGGAUUCUUCAACUAACCAAUGUUACAUCGAGGCUCAUCGGCCGUGCCUUUUACCCUGAACCUCUCCGAUUUAAGAAUUUGAAUUCUGUUUCCUCUUUCUCCACCUCCUUUGUCUUCACAAUUGUGCCGAUUAUCCCAACUAAAGGUGGCCAUGGCCUGGCCUUCAUAAUAUCUCCGUCUACGUCCUUCAUCGGUGCUCUUCCGAGCCAAUACUUCGGCCUCUUCAAUGCGCAAACCAUCGGUAACUUAUCGAACCAUGUCUUCGCCGUUGAAUUCGACACGGUUCAAGACUAUGAGUUUGGGGAUAUCAAUGACAACCAUGUUGGGGUUGAUAUAGACAACCUUAAUUCAACAGUGGCUGAACCCGCUUCUGUCAAAUUGGCCAGAAAUGGCACCAUAACCGCCACAAAUGUGAGCUUACAAGGUGGCAAGCCAAUUCAAGCCUGGAUCGAAUACAAUUCACCUUCGAAUCUACUCAACGUAACACUUUCUUUGACUUCUGAUAAACCUGAAAUCCCCUUGAUCUCGACCACGAUUGAUCUCUCUUCAGCCUUCGAAGACUACAUGUAUGUUGGUUUCUCCUCUUCUACUGGCCUUUUGUCUAGUUCCCACUAUCUCUCAGGCUGGGCUUUUAGAAUGAAUGGCCAGCCGCAACCCCUUUUCCUUUCUCAUCUCCCUCUUCUCCGAGACACAAAGAAUAUCGCGCGGAGCAAAGGUUUCAUAAUUGGGGUCUCAAUUUCUGCAACUCUUUUGGUUUGUGCUGCCAUUGCAGCUUCUCUGUAUAUAGCAUGGAAAUUGAAGCGAGCAGAUGUUAUCGAAGAAUGGGAGUUGACCUAUGGCCCUCAUAGAUUCUCUUACAAAGAGCUUCGAAUGGCAACUCGAAGUUUUAGCAGCAAAGAGUUGCUAGGAUUUGGUGGAUUUGGAAAAGUUUACAGGGGAGUUUUACCGGGCUCAAAGACCAUGGUUGCAGUCAAGCGUGUUAGCCAUGAAUCGAAACAGGGAUUGCGCGAGUUCGUGGCCGAGAUCGCCAGCAUCGGACGCAUGAGGCACCGCAAUGUGGUUCAAUUGCAGGGGUGGUGUAGACGAAGGGGCGACCUACUGCUUGUGUAUGACUACAUGCGAAAUGGUAGCCUUGAUAAAUACAUCUUCGAGCCAGAAGAAGGCUCUGUAUUGAAAUGGGCCCAGCGCUACAAGAUAAUCAGAGGCGUGGCAGCUGGGCUCUUGUAUUUGCACGAGGAAUGGGAGCAGGUGGUGGUGCACAGAGACGUGAAGGCGAGUAAUGUAUUGUUGGACGCUGACAUGAAUGGAAGACUAGGUGACUUCGGGCUAGCUCGACUAUACGAACACGGGGCAAAUGCGCACACCACUCAUGUUGUAGGAACCCUUGGGUACCUUGCGCCUGAGCUCACACGCACAGGGCGAUCGACCACGAAGACUGAUGUCUAUGCUUACGGUGCUCUCCUUUUAGAGGUGGCUUGCGGGCGAAGGCCAAUCGAGGCCAAGGCCCCCCCGGAUGAGAUGGUAUUGGUAGAGUGGGUGUGGGAGUGCCAUGCAAAGGGGCAGAUUGUUAUGGCGGGGGAUUGGAGGUUGAGGGGAAUGUAUGAUAGGGGUGAGAUGGAGGCAGUGUUACGUCUUGGACUUGCUUGUUCGAGUUCAGCACCAGAGGGACGACCUAGCAUGAGGCAGGUUGUGCAGGUGCUUGAUGGGGAUGCUCCAUUGCCUGAGCUGGGGUUGGGGGAGGUUAAUAAUGAUAAUGCUAGCAGUAGACUGUACGAUGAGGACUAUGUGCACUCGUAUACUUUGUCGACGGAUCAAGGGUCAUUCGAGUCGAGGGCCGGAGGGAGCACCGGGGGCGGAGUGCCUUUGUCACCACUAGCGUUGUUGUCUGAGAGGGCCGGAUUAUGAUAACCGUUGUGUACAGUUUUGUUUGAUUAUGUUUCGUUUUGCCUAGUUUUGCCCUUUCAUUCUGUAACAAUGUUUUUUUUUUGGUUUUUUGUUUUUUUAUUUUUUUGUUUUUGAGUUAAUUGCUAUAUCCGUCUAUCUUUUUUGAGAUACAUACUAUAUAUUUGGCGUACCUGUAUAGUAUGAGGAAUCUGGAAUUGGCCUGAUUUUU